UUGCAGUCUGAGGUUAUUGACAUUUCUAAGUAUUUCUACUAUAUUUUAAAUACAGUAUGCCAUAAAGUAAUAAAGACGGACAUAAUAGUUUUACCUUACAUUCAUAACAUACAUUCAUAGUUACAUAGCUGAAAAAAGACUUGCGUCCAUCAAGUUCGGCCUUCCUUCUUCUUACUUACUUCAUCUUCCCAGUAUCGUUGAGGAGAGAGAGGAGGAAACGCGUUGCGCAAUGCAUCUUAUUUAAAUAAGAGUUGAUUUUAUAAGUAUAUGUAUUGUAGUUUAAAGACAAAUUAAACUGAGUAAUAUUGCAUUUGAGCUCUGAUAUAAAUUUAGACAAACCAGGAAUACAGAGCUCCUACAAAAGAGGAAUAUUAGUUUAGAAAAAAUGGAUUUGGGCCCAAAAUACAGACUGUCCCUCCCAAAUAGUGACACUUUUACAUUUUUCACGUGUAGGGGCAACCCCCACUUAGCUGCAGUUCUCACACGAGAUGAAUUAAAUUCUUUAGUUAGCUGAUUAAGUUAAUAAAUUUCGUACAUAAUAAAAUAGAUCCAAUUCUUAUUCUCAUUCCUUCCCACUUCCUCGUUUAAACCCUCCUCCUAUUUGUAGGCGUGGAUUUAACUAUUGCAAAAGGAAUACGGAAAAUACAGUUUAAAUGAUAAUUUAAAAAAAAGAUUAUAGUAGCCAGAUGACACAUUUCAAAAUCGAAACGAGCACACUUGAGUUGGAGUCAUCUAAGAAGCUGGAGGUAUUUAUUAACAUGUCUAAUGGGGUGCGAGUUGCUGCUGGGUUUAAGGAAGUAUUAGUGCCCUUGUUAGUAGAUUGUUAUUGUCGGAUGUUUUCUAUGGAGACUAGAUUCAGCCCGGAAUUAUUCCCUAGUUCCUGCCGAUCUUCAAAUAGAACGAUCGAACGUUCAGGUAGAACGGGGAAAAGGGGCCGAUGUAACCCUUGCGGUACUGGACUGGGAGUUAGUAACGACCUUAGUUUCUAGGCCAUCCAAAUGCUGACAAGUUAAGAGUAAGGGUUAAAGAUCACUGAGAGGAAUAGGUAGGUUUGAUUAACCCCUUCGAGACCAGAACUGGGAAAACCCCCCGUUAUAUAUGAGUCAGUGCCUUAUAGGAAAUAAAAGGGUUUAGUUUCUUUUCUUUAGUAUAAGCUUUUUUUCAGUAGGGGGGGCGUGGGUGAACAUUGACAUUGCCUAGUUUAGUUUCAUUUGUAGAGUUUUGUUAGCUUUUAAAUUUUUGGCAUUGUUUGACCUGGAGUCACUCUCAUGGAUCCCCAUAGAACAGAAUGCUUUUAGAAUGAUCUUCAAUUUGACCACAGUAAUCCAAUGCAGUUUCAGUAUGAGACAUGUAAAUAUUUGCGGUGUAUUAGGAGGGUGGGAAUGGGUAUGCUAUGCAGCAUUUCCUCUAAUGACGCUCUAAUAAUGUAUAGAGCCUAUGUAUGUUUAGAGCCUUUAAAUAUAUAUCGAGUAUGAAGUAAUGUUCUUUGAACUACUAUAUAUUUUUUUUAUUUUGCAUUAAUUCCAAAUAUAAACUUGGAAAAUAGUUGUUUACAACUUCCUGAUCCUCUUUGUGUCUCUUAAUUUGUAACGACCUUACAUGCACACUCCCUUUGCUUACAGUUUGUAAAUUAUGGUGUGAUAUUAUUAUAACUUUUAGCACGGACGGUUUAACCCCAAUGUCUGUGUUCCAGCACUGGAUCGCUCUGCCCCCCUGUCCUUCCAGUCCAGGGAUAUUUCUUGACAUCCCAAUGGGCCAGUCUGACCCUGCUUAGAAUGACAGAUGGCAUUCGGAUCCUUGGGCACCUCCUCCUGCCUGUCAUCCCUGUUGUUGCAACCGAAUAGCCGGUGAGACCCAAGGCUUAUGUCUUAUGGUAGUGCUGGCCCUGAAAACAUGUCACAAAAAAUGAAAAUAAAUAGGAGAGCAGCAAAAAGAGGGCAGCACUUAGCCACAAUUCUAUGGAACUAUUUUCGGCUAUGGGACCAUGCCUGCGGUCGGUAAUAACUAUGACUUUCAUAAAACUUUUGAACCCCUGAACUGAUCUGGGUGGUUUUUGGAUAUGUUGGUCACCCAGAUCGGGGCUAUCAGGGGAUGUAACAUUCGUGGGGUAUUAUGGCCAUGUGUGGCUCCCAUUAAACUGAGAUUUGUUUACCCCUUCAUGAAGUCUUGGCUCAUGUUUUGGGGAUUGGAGAACUACAUUCACUCUGGGGAUUGCUAUAUCACUCCUCCUUGUAUAAUCACUAGCUUGUAUAAGAGCUAUUCCUGCUACGCUCUCUAGACUAGGAGAGGUCUACCCACUGGAAGUUGGAUCCUGGUCUUGGGUCCUCGGUGGGUGGAGGACGGUGAGACCCCAACCAAGCUGCGGCGGUUUGUGGGGUCUGCGGUGGUUAUGGUGUUCCAGUACAGUGUACUAGGAAGCAGCGAUUGACAGAGGUACCCGGUCGGGGUGCCAGGCGGUCCGUCAUAUAUAUAGCAGAUCCUUGCACUCAUGCUUAUAAUACCUUAAUAUGCCAGGUGAAGAAAGUCCGAUGGGUGGACUGAAACAUCGAUCCUGAUCGUUUAAACUUGUCAAAUAAAGUAUUGGAUUUUAUUGAAAGACCAGAGUGCAGCCACUUGUUUGGAUAUCUAUAUAUAUAUAUAUAUAUAUAUAUAUAUAUAUAUAUAUAUAUAUAUUUUUUUUUUUGCGCAGUCAUCCUGAGAGGACUCCUUAAAGGCUUACAGUACUUCAAACACCAAGACUAAUUCAGUGAUUUGAAGUAGUCAUGGUGUCUGGAGUCUGUAUGUGCAGUGCUUUGCUACACUACCACAAAACCUUUUUUAUUGUGAAAUUCUCAAAAUAUAUUUACAUACUUUCCAGCAAUCCUGGAUGUGGGCCCAUAUUCUGGCAUCGCAAGUUGUUUCUCUUACGUUAUGCUUUUCAACUCCACAAAUUAAUCCCUGUAUGGCUCCACAUAAGCACAUCGGUACACAAAGUAAACUUGAUGGAUUUCUGACCUCAUAAGUGAGUGCCUCAAAGACUACUUUGCACAGUAUGCAUGCCAGACCAACAUUUUGGGGGCCCACUGUGAAACACAUUCCUGCUAAAGACCCACCAACCCACCCAAUCUGGUCCCAGUUGCAAAUCUCCAAAUACUAGGAGGUAUGGUUGUCUGGAAUUCUAAAUUAUCUUUCACUUUCUGGAAGUAUAUGUGCAUUUUUCUAUAUUUUACUUUAUGUACAUGUGACCUCUUUGAGCAAAUUAACAAGCCUUCUGCUCAGAUCUGUAUUCUUCAUGGAGUGGAAAAGUUGUCUAGCCCUGCCUGCAAAUUCAUUGUCGCUGACUUUGUCUACCAUGCUUCAUAGUGAUGUGUAGCGGAGAGCUAGUAUUCCACAAGAUAUCUCCGCUCAAGAUCCCAGUGAGGCUCAGGAACAAGUAGUUAUGAAUCCAUAAAGCAAGGUUUCCAGCAGGUAAAAUAAUACAGCAAUAUCCCAACAGCAAUCCCAAUGACUGGACAACACACAGCAUCAGGAGCAGAACUAAAAGCUUUAUUCCAGCAGUGGCCUUUUAAAGCAUGCUCCCAUGCAAGGGAGGGGUUUAAUAAUCAAUACAGUAGCCACUCACAUCUUGGUAACCUCCCACACAUCUCCUCCCAUCAAUAUGACUCAUAAUCCCCUUACACAGUACAGUAAUUCCCCACAUUCCUGGAUGUACCCCUAAACCUAGGGGUAUCCCUUUAAGUGUUACAUCCCCUGGUAGCCCCGAUCUGGGUGAGCAACAUAUCCAAAAAUCACCCAGAUCGGACCAAGGGUUCGGGAAAUUUAUGGAAGUGAAGAAAAGACCGACCGCUCUGAAUCGAAUAGCCGAAUCCAGUUCCAUGGGAUGGGGCCUUGCGGUCGGUCACUGUAUAAGGGAAUAAAAGACACGAAUUCUGCCAGUUAUAGAGAUUAGAGAGGAUUCGCAUGAAUCCCCUCGUUCAGUUGUUCCUUCCUACCGAACGAGGGCUAAUUCGGUAGUUUAAAAGCGAAUGUACGGUGCGUAUGGAGGUCUCAGCGGUGUUCGCCUAGCCGAGUGUCCGUUUUGAGUUCCAGACACUCGACGGCAAAACACCGCUGUUCGGGAGUUUAAAAUGGACGCCGCCACGUGUUUGUUUCCCGAAUGGCGGCCACCCCGAGAACAAAGACGGUGCCAAUUACCCGUUCGCAACUUUGUUGCAAUUGGUAAUUGGAGGCACACUUCACACUGGGGAGGUCUGGUUGUUCGGUAGUUUCAUUCUCCUAAUUGCUGAAAUGAUUAUACCGAACAACCAGACGAAUACAGUCUAUUUUACACAUACAAUAUUACAAUUCACACGAAUACACCAAACACAUGAAUUUUCUAGGACAGCCCUGUGUCCUCCGCUACACUGCUCCCCGUUACCCACAAGCCGGCAUACACAGUCUGAUCCCACACGGAUCGGCUUGGGGAUGUCCGGGGAUGCUCACGGAUCAUUUCUCCAGGUCUGUUUGUCUUGACAACCCGUCAGCGUUCCCAUUUUGUUUGCCCGGGCGGUACUGGAUAUUAAAGUCAAAGGGCUGCAGCGCCAAACUCCAGCGCAGCAGCCUGGCAUUGUGCCCAGCCACCCGGUUCAGCCAUACUAACGGGUUGUGAUCCGUGAGCAACGAAAAGGGCUGUCCAUACAAAUACGGCUGCAGCUUCUUUAGGGCCCACACCACAGCCAGGCAUUCCUUCUCGAUGGCGGCGUAGCUUACUUCUCUGGGUAUUAACUUGCGGCUGAUGUAAGCCACGGGGUGUUCUCCGCCAUCGGCCCCGACUUGGUUCAGCACUGCCCCCAAUCCAAACAUAGAAGCGUCUGUGUGGACAAGAAAACGUUUAGUCGGAUUGGGAGCUGCCAAGACGGGGGCAUUGAUAAGUGCAUUUUUCAGAUGUUGGAAUGCCUGUUCACACUCUGGGGUCCAGGUUACCUGGCGGGAAAGGUUUUUACGGGUCAGGUCAGUGAGGGGCCUGGCCAGGGCACUGUAAUUGGGAACAAACUUUCUAUAAUACCCGGCCGUCCCUAGAAACGCUAGCACUUGGGUCUUGGUCCUGGGGGUGGGCCACUGGGCUACGGCCUCUACUUUAGCUGGCUCUGGCUUCUGCUGACCACAGCCUACCCUAUGACCCAGGUACUGCACCUCGGCCAUUCCUAUGCUGCACUUGGCCGGUUUUAAAGUUAAACCAGCCUCCCUAAUCCGGUCUAGGACCGCUCCCAUAUGGGCUAAAUGCUCCUGCCACGUAUUGCUAAAGAUAGCAAUAUCGUCCAGGUAGGCACAGGUGUAAUCCAGGAGUCGGUCUACCAUCCGCUGGAAGGUAGCUGGGGCGUUUUUCAUCCCAAAUGGCAUGACCUUAAACUGGUACAAGCCAAAUGGGGUGACAAAGGCCGACUUGGGAAUGGCAUCUGGGGCCAGGGGAAUUUGCCAAUAUCCCUUGCACAAGUCAAUCGUGGUGAGAUAUUGGCCCCUGGCCAUCCUGUCCAGUAAUUCGUCUAUCCUCGGCAUAGGAUAUGCGUCGGACACAGUCUUCUCGUUCAACCUCCUGAAAUCCACACAGAAGCGUGUGUACCAUCCCGCUUCGGUACGAGCACUACAGGAGAAGCCCAGGGACUGUCCGAGGGCUCGAUCACCCCUAGGUGGAGCAUCUCGUCGAUCUCCUUGCGCAUAUUCUCCCUCACCGCUUCUGGGAUGCGGUAGGGGGUCUGACGCAUGGGGAGUUGCCCUGGGGUCUCUACUCGGUGAGUGGCCAGAGGAGUGUAUCCAGGUACAUUAGAGAACGUGUCUCGUUUCUCUUCCAGCAGCUGUUGUAUCUCGAUACGCUCCUGUGGGCUCAGUCUGUCCCCCAGUGCAACCUCCCCUAAAUCUCCCGACAACUGACCAUCUCCCAGUAGGUCUGGGAGAGGUAAGCUGUCGAACUCGUCUGAGUUGGGUGCACAUAUGGCUGUCACCUCCUCGGAGCGCUCCUGAUAGGGCUUCAUCAUGUUGACAUGGAGCAUGCGUCGCCCUCCAGGUCCUGUGCAGGGACCGAUUUAUAUAGGUGGUAUCACAUCUUUGUUCUACCACCUUAUAUGGUCCCUGCCAGGCGGCCUGCAACUUGUCAUGUCGGACAGGUUUUAAUAUUAAUACUUUCUGUCCGACCUGAAAGCUACGGUCUCUGGCCCCUCGAUCAUACCAUGUGCGCUGGCGAGUUUGAGCCGCCUCCAGAUUCUCUUUCACGGUCCGGGUUAAUGCUUCCAGGCGGUCUCUGAAUGCCAACACAUAUGGUAUGAUGGGAGUGCCAUCUGCGCUCCGGUCUCCCUCCCAAUGUUCCCUAAUGAGAUCUAGAGGCCCUCUUACCCUCCUUCCAAAUAAUAGUUCAAACGGGGAGAACCCUGCGGACUCCUGGGGCACCUCCCGAUAAGCGAAUAGGAGGUGCGGCAAGAAUCUCUCCCAGUCCUUGUGGGUCUCUGCGAAUGUUCGGAGCAUCUGUUUCAAUGUACCAUUGAACCGUUCGCAGAGCCCAUUAGUCUGGGGAUGGUAAGGAGCACUGAUAAAAGGCUUAAUGCCGCAGAUCCUCCAGAGGUGUUGGGUGACUUCGGCGGUAAAUUGGGUACCCUGAUCCGAGAUAAUUUCUCAGGGUAACCCCAUUCGGGAAAAGAUCUGCAUGAGGGCAUCCGCGACCGUUUCUGUGUGGAUGUUGGUCAGAGCCACCGCCUCUGGAUAUCUCGUGGCAUAAUCUACUACUGUCAAAAUAUAUAUUUUCCCUGACGGGCUAGCUUUCUUCAGGGGACCCACUAAGUCCACUGCUACCCUGCUGAAGAGUUCCUCAGUUAUAGGUAGGGGAUGCAGCUUUGCCUUUCUUUUGUCUCCCCUUUUUCCUACCCUCUGGCAAGUAUCGCAUGUGCUGCAAUACCUGCGUACCUCCUGACUGAUCCCUGGCCAGAAGAAGCUUUGGGUUAGUCGAUAUCUCGUCCGACUGACUCCUAAGUGUCCGGAUAGCGGAAUAUCAUGCGCUAUCCGGAGUAACUCUGCUCGGUACCGCUGGGGUACCACUAACUGCCUCAUCACUAUGGGGUCUGCCCCCUCUAUCUGUUUUUCUGUCUCCCUGUAUAGGAGCUGUUUGUCCCAGACAAAUUUCUCUCCCUCCCCCCCAGAUGAGUCAGUGACAACCUUGUCCCUAUAAACCUGCAGUGUAGGGUCGGGGAUUAUUUCGGCCGCAAAUUCGUUAGGGGGGGCCCAGGGGACACAUUCUAAGGAAGGGGAAGGGUCUCUUACCUGAACCUCCGGGAGUGUGUUGUAGUCCUGGGUGUGGGCCUGCUGUUGGGUGACCACAGGAUGCGCUUCUCCUGUGGUUGGUAUCUGGGGCUCAUAAGCCGACGUGAGCCUCCCCAGAUCGUUCCCCAACAAAACCUCCGCUGGUAAUUGCGGCAUCAACCCCACUUCCACGUGUCCUGACCCCGCUCCCCAAUGCAAAUGUACCCUUGCUGUAGGUAGCCGGUAUACUGCUCCCCCGGCUACCCUGACGGCUACAGUUUUGCUGAGCUUAGCCUGGUCUGAGACCAGGUGACUUUUCACCAGGGUUAUCGUGGCUUCCGAGUCCCUUAGCCCUUGGACUGCUUUCCCCUCCAAGUACACAGUCUGUCGAUGGUGUUGACGGUUAUCCGCGUUGGCCUGCACUGGAUCGGCUUCAUGAAGAACUUCCCACUGUUCGAUUGUUGUGAUACGGACUGCCGCGCCGUGUGCGGUUGUGCCUUCCCCUUGAUAACAGUGGGCAGCUGCUCUCUGCGGUGGUGGGGGUCCUGGCCGGAUCCAGGUGGACCAGUCUUUGAGCUGUGGGCACUCUCGCUUGUAAUGCCCCCACUUCUGGCAGUGAUGGCAUUGCACAGAGCUGGAUGGACGAAAUCUCGGUGCAGCAGUUGUUGGUGGUAGUGGAAGUUGUCGUGGUGGGGGUAUUAUGUUGUUGGGGUAGCCCCCCCUUCCGACUGGCCUUACCGCUGCUUUGAUUACUACUGGUAUGUGUUGCCUUCUCACAUCCAUGUAAUCAUCUGCCUUUUUAGCUGCGUCGGUAAUAGAAGUGGGGUUACGAUCCCUCACCCACUCCUGCAAGUCGGCAGGUAUCCCGUCGUAAAAUUGUACUAGUAGCAGCAUUUGUAAUAGGUCCUCCAUGGACCAUGCCUGGUUCGCUUGCACCCAUCCGAGGGCUGCCCGUUGUAAUCGGCAGGCCCAUUCUGCAUGCAAAUCUAUGUCUGCCUUUUUCAAUUCCCUAAAGCGUCUCCGGUACGCUUCUGGGGUAAUAGCAUAUCGGGCCAAAAUAACUUCUUUUACCCGGCUAUAGUUUCUGAUUUCCGUAUCUGGUAUGGUACUGUAGGCUUCAGCAGCUCUCCCUGUCAACCGUCCUGCCAGGAUGGGGACCCAAUCCUCCUUAUUUAUUUUAUGCAGCAUACACAGUCUCUCAAAGUCCUGGAGGAAUGCAUCUAUAUCCUCUUCGGUUUCCACAUACGUUUUAAAUGCUUGAUAAGGAAUUUUUGUCUUACACUCUUGUAUUGUGGACACCACUGUGUUUCUCUCUGGUGUUUGUGGCCCUCUUUGCCGCAUUAUAAACUCCUGGACCUCCGUCAUUGUCUUGGAGAUUAUUUCCAUCGGUGGGUUCUCCCCAUAAAAUGCCAGUCUAAAUUGGAGCUGUUUUUGGAACUCGUCUUGCUCUGUUCCCUCUCUUGCCUCCCUCUGUUCGGUGACCGAAUUCUCCUCUGUUCGGUAUUCUGCCAUUAUUUCUGAAAUAAGCGUUGCUUUCGUUUUGUUGCUGGCUGAAAUACCCCUUGCUUCCAGAAGGUCUUUCAGUGUGGAUCUCUUUAAUGUGGAGUACUCAAUCUCCAUCAAUCCUUGUUCCUUUGUGAGUCUGGAUCCCAGCGCUGCCAACCAAUGUAGCGGAGAGCUAGUAUUCCACAAGAUAUCUCCGCUCAAGAUCCCAGUGAGGCUCAGGAACAAGUAGUUAUAAAUCCAUAAAGCAAGGUUUCCAGCAGGUAAAAUAAUACAGCAAUAUCCCAACAGCAAUCCCAAUGACUGGACGACACACAGCAUCAGGAGCAGAACUAAAAGCUUUAUUCCAGCAGUGGCCUUUUAAAGCAUGCUCCCAUGCAAGGGAGGGGUUUGCAAUAAUCAAUACAGUAGCUACUCACAUCACGGUAACCUCCCACACAUCUCCUCCCAUCAAUAUGACUCAUAAUCCCCUUAAACAGUACAGUAAUUACCCACAUUCCUGGAUGUACCCCUAAACCUAGGGGUAUCCCUUUAAGUGUUACAUCCCCUGGUAGCCCCGAUCUGGGUGAGCAACAUAUCCAAAAAUCACCCAGAUCGGACCAGGGGUUCUGGAAAUUUAUGGAAGUGAAGAAAAGACAGACCGCUCUGAAUCGAAUAGCCGAAUCCAGUUCCAUGCGAUGGGGCCUUGCGGUUGGUCAUUGUAUAAGGGAAUAAAAGACACAAAUUCUGCCAGUUAUAGAGAUUAGAGAGGGUUCGCUUGAAUCCCCUCGUUCGGUUGUUCCUUCCUACCGAACGAGGGCUAAUUCGGUAGUUUAAAAGUGAAUGUACCGUGCGUAUGGAGGUCUCAGCGGUGUUCUCCUAGCCGAGUGUCCGUUUUGAGUUCCAGACACUCGACGGCAAAACACUGCCAUUCGGGAGUUUAAAAUGGCCGCCGCCACGUGUUCGUUUCCCGAAUGGCGGCCACCCCGAGAACAAAGACCUCCUGCACAGCUUGCCAAUUACCCGUUCGCAACUUUGUUGCAAUUGGUAAUUGGAGGCACACUUCGGAGGUCUGGUUGUUCGGUAGUUUCAUUCUCCUAAUUGCUGAAAUGAUUAUACCGAACAACCAGACGAAUACAGUCUAUUUUACACAUACAAUAUUACAAUUCACACGAAUACACCAAACACAUGAAUUUUCUAGGACAGCCCUGUGUCCUCCGCUACAUGAAGUUUACAGGUUCCAUAUAAGGAAUAAAACAAUAGACCUUAACAUAUUCAUGUUAUAUCCACUUCCAAACAAAAUUGUUUUACUAUCUUAAACAAUUGUAAAAAGAAAAGUCUCCUUAGUGAAAUCUAAAAACAUUUCCAAGUCUUGAAUAUGCGAUAGUAGUCUAUUUGAGUCUUUAUUCCUUGAACAUAUCACAUGCAUGCUUUGUUUACAAGAGUAUUAAAUAAAUAAUGAAACCCAUACAAGUUUCCUGUUAUUUGGAACUUAUCUGCAGUAAUAACAUCUAAUGCUAUCUCUCUGUUAGUUGCUUCAGUAACUAAGGAAAUAUUUGACAAAGGUAAGGAUGGACUACAAUGAUGGUGGAAACAGAGUGUUAGAAUUGCAUUCCAUGUGAUUCCAAAGCGGCAGCCAUAAACAACUCUCAUUCUCCUAAUUAUCAAGAGUAAUAGGAGAUCUCAAAGACACCGUAAAAUCCUUUAAUCUUCUAAUGGGUCGCUACAUGAAGAGAAUUAUAAAAGAUAGCGACUAUGCGGUGUUUAGAAUAGAUAUGUGUCAUUUGAAUUAUUUGUCCAAUGUAUACCAACUAUGCAUUGCCUGUUCAGUGCCCUUUUUAACUUUGAUAAUGAUUUGAUCCAUUCGCAAAUGUGAAAAUUUAUUUAUUUAUGGAAAAGAAAAUGCUCUCAUGACCAGUGUCCAGGGAAGUUAAAGGGACAAACUAGGCAGUGCACCUGACCGGCGGCACUCUGCGCUUCCUGAAUCUUACAUUUCAGAACCCGGAUGUCACCUGGGGGGAGUGGAAACUGCUGCUGGAUGCAAUUUUGAUGUUCAAACCGUUUGAGAUUGGUUUACCCCUUGAGGUAAGAGUUCCCAUAUGGGCCUCCUAGCACCAUAACAACUUAAUUUAGAUGAAUUUGUUUUGGUGCCUGAAGUGUCCCUUUAAUCGUAUUCCACAUCUCUAUCCAUUUCUUCUUCUCUGAGUAGAAAGCUCUCAUUCUUUCUCUCGGCGCUGAAUGUGAUAGUAUACCUGAAGUAUUGAUGGCACUCAGUACAGUUCGGAAGCUACAAUGCCUCCAUCAGACAAGUUAGCAUAUGUUAUCUAUGUAUAGCAGCACAGUUGCUAGCAAUUUAUAGAUUAGAUUUUACAUUCUCUUGAUGUUUCUUGUGAUCAAUCUCAAAAUACUUCUACCGUGGCUGCAGCUUUAAAGUGUGCAUGUCAUGGUGCACACAACUUGAUCUUUAAUUAAAGUACACCCAGGUGGCAUGUUUUAAUGCUUGCUAUGGGAGAAUAGGACUCCGUGAUGCAGGUGCGCUGACAGUCCAGUCAGCAAGUCCGCUUCAUUAGUGAGGGUUGCCCUACUGGCCACCAAGGGAGGUGUAACCCGAUUGAGGCAGUAAAUUAUUGGUAUACCAAAUAAUAUGCAAGGACACACUGAGGUUGCAGCUCUGGAGAGAGGGGCAGCAGGUAAGUACUAAUAAAAUCGCUCCCAGUGGUUGGGCAAAAUAUUGGAGAAAUGCUGUGGCUGACAGUAUUGAUUCUGGUGCCAGCAGUGGUUUUGCAUCCCUUUGUAGAGAGUCAAAGCAUUUGUUAGUGACUUGAACACUUUCCUUUGGUCUGCAUCUCUCUGUUGUCGGUAGUGGAGGGGGGAGUGUCACCCGUUGGACCCCAGAUUAGACGUCAAGUCAUAACAAAUUGGUUUGACUCCUAGCAAUGUUAGGGUGCCUGGGCAUGGGAGGUGGAGAGCACCUGCAAGUUGUAGUAAUUGUGGUGCUUGGAGUGUUUCUUUGAAAAUCUGUAUUUUAAGGGUGUCACACCUACCUCUUUUUCUGCCUGUUACCAACAGACAAAUGCAGACAUAGAGUAAGUGAAAAAUCACUACAACAAGGAAUUAGGUUGACUUUGGGCAGAGGUUCCCCUUCUCUCUCAACUUGUCUCCAUCUCCCAGCAAGGCAGUCUACCUCAGGAAAGUACUGAUGAGUAGAAAUGGCCUGAAAUAUUGUCUAGGUGUACUUGAUGUGCUCACUCUUUUGGGGGGCUUUUCUCCGAGUCUUCCAAAAGUGACACACUAGAUAAACGACCCACGACAACAAGAUCAAUAAGGAGAAUUGGAAAUGUCAUGCCACACCCUGGCAGCUGGUAGUUAUCAUGUCACACUUCAUUUUUCCAGCCCUGUGUUUAAGAGCUUUUCUGGGGAGCUCCCACCCUACCUGAGCAGAAUGCUGUUCCCACCUCCUAUAACCUCUGAUCCAGUACCAGCACUUUAUUUAGCAUACCUCAAUACAAAAAGAAAGUAGCUCAAUCCUCAUUUUCCUACCGAGCACAGCAAUUAUGGAAUAACCUCAGGGACACAGUCAAAUCUUCAAUCAAUCUAAAAUCCUUUAAGAGACCUAUGGCAAUAUACCUCAAUACAGAAUGCACCUGUCAUGGUUGAUAUUGUAUUUUUUGUAAUAUUGUAUCCUUUAUUUUUAUUUUGCAAAUAUCUUUUUAUUAAAUAUUCACUAUAGCAUAAUAAAACAUGUUAAACAGUGAGACUCACAGGUUUCAGAAAAGGAGACGAGAGAGGGAAAGGAAGGGGAGGGGGGUAAUGCUAACUUUUAAUAUCAACUGUAAAAAGCUAAGGAACCUUGACAAUUUUAAAAGCAACCAAGUAAAUAACUAUAAAUCCUCGUUGGCAAGUGAACUAAUUUCUUCAUGGAAAGCACCUGUUAGUUAGAUGGGUACAGUUUAAUAGAUUAAUGUUUGUCUUUUGUGUAUUUUUUUCAAAAAUCCCAGUGAAGUCACAAAUAUUUUUUCUUUUCUUGUUAUUUAAUGUGGGAAUGUCCACUGUAUAAGGCAUGCAUUCUCACCUAUUACGAGAAAAUUGAAUUGUGUGGGUUAAUAUUUUUCUCUCUUGAACUACCUUAAAAUAAGGUCAUUUGAAUAAUAGUUGCACUUUCCGAGUGAGUAAGUCAGUUCUGUGUUUUAUAGUCAACUCUUCAACGUCUAGUUUUUAAGCCUGAACUAGUUGUCUUGUGUUCUAUGCUACAUAGGAGCCUUGCUUUUUAUUGCAUUAUUAUUUGAAGAUCGGAUGAUCGUUCUGCUGAGAUUUACGGUAGAAUGUUUUUGGUCCAUGACUGAUGCUUCUAAUGUCAGGUAUCUUUGCUGUUUGGCAUCCUUUUGAAUUUUGAAGAUUCUAAGCCGUUGAAAAGACUUUGUAUCGUGUCUGUUUAUAACUUAGCUCUCGUCAUCUUUAAAUAUAAACUCAAAGGGGCAAUUACUAAAGUGAGGAUUGGUGAGCAUUCAUUCAGGUGAAUAAAGUCAGUGUAGUCAAAUGGGAAGCAUAAUUGAUUUGGUAAAUUUUUUCCAGUGCGACUAUUUUAGCCUUGAUUUUUAAAAUUCACUUAGCAUUCCCUGUAUAAUACCUUGAGAGUAAAUAAGAUAUUUUAAGAAUAGUUUUGGAAACCAAUGUUAAUGCUAUUUUAUAGUAAUAAUGUAACAUGCUAUAUGCUUAAUUUACCUGAAAUAUCCUAACGGUGGCAAUAGAAUGUUAUUACUUUAUGCUAUGUAUAUUAUGUGUAUUAUAGUAUAUAGUAACAUAUGUUGAUCAGUUUGGUAACUAAUUAAUCGGAAACCCACACAGCUGUUUUUAUGUAUGUACUAUAUGGUAUUUUGCAGCAUUCCCUAUCAGACCUAUAUUAAAUGUAUUGUUGUAGAAGCAUAGAAUGUGACAGCAUAUAAAAGUCUAGGAUAGCCUUAUGCCUAUCCCACGCAUGCUUAAACUCCUUCCCUGUUUUAAACUCUACCACUUCAGCUGGAAGGCUAUUCCAUGCGUCCACUACCCUCUCAGUAAAGUAAUACUUACUGAAAUUGUUUUUAAACCUUUGCUUCUCUAAUUUAAGACUAUGUCCUCUUAUUGUGGUAGUUUGUCUUCUUUUAAAUAUAGUGUCGCCUCCUUUUACUGUGUUGAUUCCCUUUAUAUAUUUAAAUGUUUCUAUCAUAUUCCCCCCUUAUGAUUUAAGGAUUACCAAUUUAGUUUGGUUGGACCUUUAGAUGGCUUUGAAUUUAAGAAAGUAUUGAAGUAUGAAUGAAUAUUUACAGGAAAGGAAUGAAAUCAAUACAAUAUUUAUGCACUAAAUUUCAAAUUUUGGCAAACUGAACAAUGAAAUAAAGUUUAUGCAAUGAUAGGCAAGCUAAAAAAUCAAGCUGAAUUGGGCAGUUUUUCCAAAUUUUCUUUUGUUUCACCGAUUCUGCAAUCCACCUAUUCAGGCUUUAGUGAAUACAUUCCCUAUAAGUGUUGGAUGCACAGCUAGCUCUGUAAAUAUUCUAGAUUUCUUUAUCAUAGGUUGGUUCUAUGUAAUGUGUUUGUUUAAAGUAACCUCCAUGGAACUGAUAACAAAUCGAAUCAGUUAGAUCACAAAAAAAGUGUUUGUGUGUGUGUGUGUGUGUGUGUGUGUGUAUAUUUAAAUAAAUUAAAUGAUCGUUCUGUCUGAGUGGCUUCUAUUUGGGUAUAUUCUGGAUAUACAUUACAUUGAAUUCUGGAAACACAUCAAGGGUACACUCCACCGCAAUAGGUAAUCCAUGCAUAUAUUCACUAGCAAUUUUGCCAGCACAAUGUAUUCAUAAAAUGUGCUGAAUUUGCGUGACAGGUGCCAAAUCCAGUAUGUGAUGGUCCAGUAAAAGUGGGCUGGAUCCGGCUUUAAGUUAAUAUUUCAUUAACAUCAUUAUAAAUGUAAAAUAGAUGCUGGUCUUUUUAAAAACCAAACUGAAAUUUUUUCAAUUAAAUAACUGCUUAACACAACCCAAGAUAGAAAGAGCUCUGUAGGUUUCCCCAACUUAACAUUUUUACUGUAAAUAUUAUUUUCUACAACCUUCACGUUUGACACUCAACGUUAGAACUAAUGCUUUUGUUUUAGCAGAUUAUCUAUUACAGUCUAAAGAUCUAUGUAAUAAUAUAAUCUGAUUCUGUAGAUAAAGCAUAGGACACGUGGAAGCACACACAGCAUUCUUAAUAAUAUGAGAACAGCAGGGCAGAGUUCAAACAGUUAUUCAAAGUUAAAGGGAUGUUCUGGGCACCAUAACUACUUUGUUUCAAUCACUGGGUCCCCUGUGCUCACAAUUUCACUGCUGCUUGAGCAAAUGCGUCUACAUUUGCAAGUGGGUCCAGAGUGUAAGUCGGACUGGCGACUGGGGGACUCCUGUGUCAGGGACUCCAAGCAUCAUAGCCAAUUCUAUGACAUGAAGUGGUUAGAGAGGAGACACUGAAGGGGGAAGCUAAUUACGUUUUGUUAACACAUUGGGCACACUGACAGUAGAUGCCAUUUGUGCACAGGAUUUGUAUAAGUCAUGUGUGCCGGGGAUUACCUAUCUCCCUGCUCAAAAUUGCAAAUAUCUCGGUAUGUGCCAUGUUUCAAGGAGAAACGCUGCACAUACAGACUCCUACCUUUAUGACCACUUCUAAUAACCUUUUAAUAGAUGAACUAGUUUAAAAUCAAACUUCUAUAUGACAAGGUAUACUUUGGGGAAAGUUUGUUCUGGGUACAUCAUUUCUAAAAAUUAAAUAUGUUUAAACAAUUCUCCCAGAAUGCGUUGUUGGCUAUGCAAAUGAGCACAGACAGGCAUCAUGUCUGUUCAGGCUUAAUACCGGGUUUCUGCAGGCACCCUUGGCAAUGGGGCGCUGUUUGAAACACAACUUUUUAAACCGAAUCAGGGCUUGUGAUCCAAACGGACCAAGGUCCAAAAACAACCAUACUGCAGAAAUGCAGGAUAGAUUCUAAAACCCGAUAGAAGUAAAUUUAGAAUUUACGUCUAUCAGUGGAGAAAGACAGCUGUAUCAUGUUUUAAUCCUUAGAUGGACUAUGAAUUGUUGUGUACUGUACUGUUAAUAAUUUGCGUUCUUUUUUUCUUUUAUUUAUUUUUGUACAGAUGCCUUCAAGGACCUUACUUGCCCCUCAGAGCCUAUACAUCAGUAACUUCAAAACACCUGCUAAUCCUGGGAUGAAUACACAGCUGUCUUUUUCUAACAAAGACCUCCUGCUCAUUGAAGAGGAGUUGGGCCCCCAAGAAGUUGAAGAGAUACUUUUUUUGUGCAUGGAUUUUGCUCUGCACUCAUCUGUACGAGAACUUUUAAGUGACCUAAAUGAGAGGUCUAUGCUUCUACCUAGUGGGUUAGCUGAAUUGUUAUCCGUCAUAAAAAGGUUUGAUUUACUGAAAAGGUACCUGAAUCUGUCAAGCGCAGGCGUUAAAAUCUUGCUGGCGUCAAAUUCCAGGAUUCUUUCAGAAUACAGGUAAGUGUGUGUGGCUAAUUAGAAUUCUUCUCGAUAUUUUUCUUGAUACAUGAUCAAAGAUCAAAAAAGCAAGUUAUUCUGACAUAACUGAUUCAUUUUGAGAGUGUUUGAGAAAUACUUCAAGUAGCAAUCUUUACAAGGGCUAGUCCCUUUUAUUUGACUCGGUAUUUCUACAUGUUCUGUCACCUGGCAGUAGCUAGAAAAGGGACUUCUCUGCAAAUGAAACCAUGAUUAAAACAUUGAAUACACAUAUAAUGUGUUAACCUCUUUUUCAUGUGCUGAUCCAUUUUCUUUUCAAUGUAUAUUAACAAAUUCACCAUUUAACAUCACAGUCCAGGCCAAGCCAAUGCCAGGCAGAACACACAUUGCAUUAGAAACAGGAGUAAUGGUAGCAUCAGGGAUAUUUCUCAAUGGGUUUUGAAAAGUGAUGGUAAAAUGUCAUUAUUUAUUUUGACAUUCUUUAUUUUUGGUGCAAUUCACAGGUAUAUCACAUGGGUGCAAAGUAAAAAGGCAUGUUAGAUCGAUGAAUAGACUGGCACGUGGUUAUAUAUAGCAUGAGGGGGGUAAUCAGAUAGAUAUUAAUAAUCUGUGUCUUGGUCAAACUGAGUAAAUCUUUUGACAGAACAUAGCUAUGCAAACUAUACUGCUUGGGCUGCUCGCCCUUUCGAUAGAAUAUAUCAUAGAAAAAUAGCCUAAAACGAAAAAGAUGUAUGGCUGCUUCCAACACUGUGAUACGUGCUUAAGUGGGUGCACUGUACUUUACGUCCAUAUUGUGUCAUUAAGCGUAAGACAAGCUUCUGAAGCUGUUAUCGCCGAUAUUGAGGCUCAUCCAGGGCUUGUCUGCUUUCUGUUUUUUGGUCUUUCAACCCAUUUUGUGUUUUCCACCCGUCUCAUGCACAGCCAGUUGCCCAGAUUACGGUUAGUCGCUUUUGUUUUCGGGUAAAUAGAUACAGGCUUUCAGAGCUCUGAAAAUGUCAUUAUUUUAAUCAUAUUUACCAGACUUGAGCAUUAAUACUUUUUAGCUGGUACAAACUAAUAAGAUUCUUUUUAUCUACGGUAAAUUGUCCAAACAAAUCGAUCCAUCCAGGAUUCAUCUGUUGAGUUUUCUUUAAUGAAUAAGACUACAAGGUAAAUCCUGGAUGGACUGAUUUGUUCAGUCAUAGAUUAAAAGAUAUAUUCUUCUGAAAUAAUUUUCCAGUUGAAAAGCACAGUUAAUACAAAUGAAAAGAUUUGGGACAUUUAACCCCUUAAAGACACAGCUUCAGAAGCUUGUCUUAUGCUUAAAGGAUCACUAUAGUGCCAGGAAAACAUACUUGUUUUCUUGGCACUAUAGUGCCCCCACCCUCAGGGACCCCCUCCCGCCGGGCUCUGGGGAGAGGAAGGGGUUAAAUUCUUACCUUUCUCCAGCGCCGGGCGGGGAGCUUUCCUCCUCCUCUCCUUCUUCCUAGUGACGUCAUCGGCUGAAUGCGCAUGCGCGGCAGGAGCCGCGCGCGCAUUCAGCCUGUCUCAUAGGAAAGCAUUUACAAUGCUUUCCUAUGGACGCUGGCGUCUUCUCACUGUGAUUUUCACAGUGAAAAGCACGCAAGCGCCUCUAGCAGCUGUUAAUGAGACAGCCACUAGAGGCUUUAGAGGCUGGAUUAACCCUCAGUGUAAACAUAGCAGUUUCUCUGAAACUGCUAUGUUUAUAAAAAAAAAAAAAGGGUUAAUCCUAGUUGGACCAGGCACCCAGACCACUUCAUUAAGCUGAAGUGGUCUGGGUGCCUAUAGUGGUCAUUUUAAUGACACAAGCAAUUUUUGAAUUUUUUUGCUGUUUGUGUUCAACUGCAAUUUGCAUCUCUCUCGUUUAUUGCACCGCCACGUAUUAUAUGCUGUUUUUUAAAGGACACAAAGGGCUUUAAUUUAAUGUAACAUCUAUAUAUCCCCCAACACCCAGGUCGUCGACCGUAAUAGGCCGCAAGCUGUAGCACUGUGUGCUGCCAUCGGGUCACCCAGAUUCAAGCUUAGGGAGUAGUUUAGGGUGACCUUCUGGUUGCCUAGGGUCGGUUUUCUCCAGGUUUGCCUUAGUUUUUCAGGCAGUUUAGUUUAGUGUAGCAGGAGCUUGUGACAAAUGCGUCUAGCCAUCUUGGCUGUCAGGCCCCGCCCCAAACUUUAUUUUUUUAACAGGGAAGCAGAUCACUGAUUCGUCUCCCUGCACUUCACACAGAACCCGGAAGUGCAGGGAGGCGGAAGGUAAGUAAGUAUAGCCUGUCAGAGCGAGCACCGCUGCAGGGGCAGCCCGAUCGGGUGCUCCCGGUUUGCUUCUAAUACAGAGGCAGACCGGAGCACCGUUAACCCCGCAAUCGCCACAAUUGCGGCGAUCUGGGGUUAAUUUUAACGCGACAAGGUGCGUCACCCGUCGUUAAGGGUCUCCCCUGGAUGACGGACCUCGUCCAUCACCCGUCCUGAAGGGGUUAAUAAAUAGCGCCAAACGCUUGUCAAGCUUUAGAUGUGAAAAGUGGCAGUGAACCCUUCCUCAACAAAAUCCGCAGCAACGAGGAGAUCCACGGAUUGCAAAUAGGCCAAACGCACCACAAAGUGUUGGCCUAUGCGGACGAUCUUCUUUUCCUAGUCCAAGAACCCACCAGAUCACUACAGGAAAUCAAACAGGAAUUUGAGACCUAUGGCAGGAUAUCCAACAUGCGCAUCAACGACACCAAAUCGGAAAUUCUAGGCCUAACAAUCCGAUACCCGCAACAACUCGAACUUCGGCAACGCUUUCCAUACCGAUGGUGCACGACCAAGAUGAGAUACCUGGGGAUAUGGCUCACGCAAGACACAACGGACCUCUACUCUCACAAUUACCUACCGCUUCUGCGAACAGCACAGGCCGAACUCCAAGCAUGGAGUACAACAUACAUCUCUUGGCUGGGACGUAUAAACGCGGUAAAAAUGACCCUGCUACCCAGGUUCCUAUUUAUCUUCCAAACGGUACCCAUAGAGGCGCCAAAGUCAUUCUUCACCACCGCCCAAGCCAUAAUCCGUAAUUUCAUUUGGAAAGGGAAGCCCCCCCGAAUCGCCCACACUCAGCUAACCCUCCCCAAACUCAAAGGGGGCCUGGCUCUCCCAGACCUGCGGAAAUACCACCUAGCGACACACCUCACUCGAAUAAUCAACUGGUCAGUAAAGACCAGGGACAAACCCUGGGUACACCUGGAGGCAGAUGCCACCAAAUGCGACCUCACGACCCUCCCAUGGAUCAUGAAAGAAGCCACCAAACAACUACCGCACGCCAACCCAUUCGUGAAAGCCACCCUACGCAUCUGGCACCAGACUGGCCCCAAACACUAUCUUACGACCAACCCCGGCCCGCUACUUCCCUUAAAAGGCAACCCGGACUUCCCGGCGGGCGGCAUGGGCCCAAAUGCGCGCCCAGUAACCGGCAACACGACUCUCCGAAUGGUGGAUAUCAUUUCACCCCCAUUCACAAUCAGGCCGCUAGAGGCCAUCUUCCCGGACCAGAGACACACAUUCGCUCACAAGCUGGCGAGGGAACAAAUGUCCCACUAUGCACACUCCAUCCCCCAGCGCCCAUACUUGACAAGAGAUUGCACAGAGUUUGAGACCCUGUGCAGACAGGACAAAGCCCCACCGAGAGCAAUCUCCCUGAUAUACAAAUUCCUAGUAACGAACAGAUAUCUCUUGGCCCCCCCAUGCAUCAGACGAUGGGAAGAGGAUCUAGAAGAAGAACUCAACGACGCGGACUGGGACAAAAUCAUCUGGCACGUUCAAAAGACCCCGAGCUCAGCUAGACAUCAGGAAAACUCAUACAAAAUCCUCACCAGGUGGUAUAUCACCCCCACCACCCUCCAUGCACGCCACAACUCAAUACCGGCCACGUGCUGGCGAUGCGGAGAGGAGGACGGAAAAUUCCUCCACAUCUGGUGGGGCUGCACCCUCAUCCAGCCGUUCUGGGAAGCGAUACGACAAGUCAUCCACACAGUGACGGAUGACAUCCCACCCAUGUCACCAGCCUUCUUCCUACUACACCACACGACAAUGCCCACUCCGACGUAUAAAAAAUCAGUGGUGCCACGCCUGCUCAAUGCGGCGAAAACGACUAUCCCCAUAUACUGGAAACAAUCAUGUGCCCCCCCACUCAGACACUGGGUGGAGGAGGUGGAAGACAUAAGAAAAUUCGAGGACCUGAAAGCUACCACGGCAGCGGCGAAAGAAAAGCAAAUGACUAGAUGGCUCCACUGGAUAAGACACAUUGCCACAGAUGAAUUCCUACAAUACCUGAACCCACCUUGAAACCUGGGAUACGCAACCACGAGGCAUCCGGGGGCCUGCACCUGGGGCGACAUGAAGGCGGGUCACCCUCAACCACACCCCUCCCACCCCCCCCUAGCGGGUUCCGACCUCGCACCACUCACCCACUGACAGGAGGCAACUAGAACCAUACUGCGGACCGGACCCCGUAGGGCCACAGCCCCCAGGGCAACAGGCAGUUACCCACGGACCUGCCUCAUCCGAGACUCAGACCCACCCCCCACCACCGCAUGAAGACAUGACUCCACGACCACACACUACCACAGAGGAGGGGGCACCACUGCACCCUACGACCAGCCCACACGAGCCAUAUACCUCCACAGGCAACCCAAACGCAAAUGCAGGCGACAAUAAGCACCAGAAGGCAGCGAUCCGAGACACAGCCCACAAGGAGCAUAAUCACACGUACACAUACAUACACGGGUUUCGCAGCCAUCAGAGACAUAGGUUAGACAACAACUGCCUCCCUAAACCACCAACACAAAACACAAACAACGCAGCCACAAAGGGCCUCGGGCACCAUAACGACCACCCGGACAACCUAAAACAAUGACGACAAUCACCACCUAGGCGCACGGUUCACGCCCCAUGCACAGAGACAAAACACAAACAACGCACCAUCUACAGACACACAAGCUGAAUUCCCACCAAAGCCCCCAAGGGAAAUGGGAAAUCACGCCCCAAGACUAGCCUUAGACCUUCACACCAUCACCACCAUACCUCUCUGGUAACGACUCCGUUUACCUGUCUACCCUUAGCAACACACAGCUAGAUGACAAACAACAAGACAAAUGUAAAAAUAAUCUAAGCCCACAACCUGAACGAAGUCAUGUGGAUUCCUAGAGCUAGUAUCUGUUGCAAACCCUAGUUCCUAAUGUACCUGCACGUUUUAUCUGUAACGCCUCUGCGCAGGCAACCAUGAGCUUCCCAUGAAACAUGAAUGACUACCUGCUUGUAUCUGCAAUGCCAAUUACAAAAGAAGCAUUUAAAACAAACCCGCUUUGCGCAGGCAACCGAAGGAAUACUGUGUUAUAUUAAUGUUGCAGCCCCUGCGUGGGCAAUCAAUUGCCUUGUUAUAAAUCAGUUUGAUGCCUAAAUUCCUAAUAUGCUUAAAAAUAAAAAUAUUCAAAACAAAAGUUGCAGUGAAUCUUUAAUCAAUCUCCCAUUUUGAUUCUGGUUUUCUGGCUCUCUACUCUCUCUGUGUGCUGACUUCGAAGUGAGUUUUUGCAUGUAGUAUUAUUUUCUCAGACUCACAAACACAUACGUGUAAAAUAAAUAGCAUAAAUAAACAUAACAUUAAAAGUCCUGGAAAGAAAAGAUUUGUUAAAUCAAUCCAUCCCUAUGGGGAGCAUUAACGUAGGUGCUGCACACUGUGCAGGAAACACCUCUAGAGGCCGUCUUAGUGACUGCCACAAGGUGUUACUAGGCAGCAAUGUAAACAGUGCCAUUUGUCUGAAAAGAAUUGCGUUUUUGACAUUUAAAAAUCCUGGCUCAUAACUUUUUUAGCUGGCUCCUAGAAUCCAUGAACAUUUGUCAAGUCCUGAUGUAAUGUACACUGAAUGUCAGAAUCUAAUCUGUUUUCGUUGUGAACAAGUUAUAAAGUUGGUUUGAUUUAAAUAGUGAGGGAGAAAAACCACUUGUGCGAAAGUUUCACUUGUCAAAAAGUAAAUCCUUAGAAUACAUUCAUUUAGUACAACAGGAAACAAGUUGCAGCUCUGUUGCUUAGACUACAACUUCUUUACCCUUUAUGCUGAUAUUACCAGUUCUGUGGUCAAAACACUAAGAUUGGGAGCUUUUCCAUUAUCUAUAAACAUCAUCUGAUGUGUGUAGUAGGGGAAAUUAUACCGUCAUGGAGUUUUGAAAAUACUUAGAAAACCCACAGACCAUACAUGUCUAAGACAGAGGCUCACUCACGCAUGCCCAUAUGAAGCAUGUCGGUUGUUAGCAAUCACUGUGCAGACUCAUGGUGAGGAGUUAAAGUGACAGCGGUGACACUUGUCAGAUCCUGACUAUGUACUUAAACAACCUGAUGGCUGCCUGCCACCUUCUCUGGCAUCAGGUGAAUUUUCAUUAGAGACUAACAUUUUUCUUCCAAUAAUCAUCUGUGUCCUUGUGCCAAUUUCAUUUUGGAAAAACUUUCCAUGAAGUUUGAUAGGUUUUUUGUUGUUGUGUUUUUUUCAAUAUUGAAAUUUGUACAUGGAGUGGAUCAGUAAAAGGAGAGUUUGUAUUGCAAAAUCUGGAAUUAGAGGUAUAAUUUAUAUUUUACAUAAUAUAUAGACAGGGCUGGUGCAAAGAUUUAUGCCGCCCUAGGUAAACACAAAUUAGCUUCCCCCCCCCAUAUGUUCUGCUCACCGUGUGACUUCACAAUGCCCCACCCAUAUGCUCUGCCAUAUGGCCAACGCCAGUUCUGCACAAAGUGUCUUUUAUCUGAAAAGGCAGAGUGUUUAGAUUAAAAAACCUACAGGCACAGGCUAUAGACACCAGAACCACCACAUUAAGCGGUGAGCUGGUGACUAUGUAUUAUGAGGUAAAUUAGAGAUUGGUGUCACUAAUAAUAUACUAGAUUACCACCAGAUGAGGACAAGAGGAUGAUGAUGGGCUUAGGCUGCAGUCUGGCUCCACAGGUCUGGUGUAGAAGAGGCUCUCUGGAGACUGUUUGUACUAGUGCUCACAGCAAUCAACGAACAGGAAGCAGCUCCAUUUCUGGGGCCCCUUACACAGCUCAAGGUCUGGGCGCCCAGGGCCUGACCGUGAGUAUGCCUACAAGGCCCGCUCAUAAGUCCAUCUACAUGGCCCAUGAGUUCGCUCACUGGGAGUGGAGUGUAUGUGUGUCGGGGCUGUGUUAUGUGUUAUUGUACAGGAUGUAAUGUGUGUGUGUGUGUUCUUAUGGAAUGUAGUGUAUAGGGAUACCAAUUUGUGUAAGGGAUGUAGUGUGUGUGUGUGUGUGUGUUUCUGGGGGUGUGUGUGUGUGUGUGUAAGGAAUGCAAGGUGUGGUUCUUUGUAUGUAAUUUAAUGCAGUGUGUCUGCAAGGGGUGCAUUGAGUGUGUGUAAGAGAUGCAUUUUGUUUCUUUGUGUGUAAGAGAAGCAGUGUGUGUGUGCGUAAGGGAUGCAUUGUAUGUUUCUGUGUGUGUGUGUGUUUGUGGGGGGAUGCAUUGUGUGUUUCUGUGUAUGUGUAAGGAUUCAUUGUGUAUGUGUGUAGUGUAAAAGAGAGGGUUUGUGGGUUAGGAUAGCGGCUGAGAGGGGAGGAGCUUUUUUUUUUUUUAUAGUGAUCUCCCCUCCUGUCCCUUAGUGCUCUUCCCUCUCCCCCAACCCCUUAGUGGCCCUCCCUCUCCCCACCCCUUAGUGGUCCUCUCUCCCCCCACUCCCAAACCCCUUGGUGGUUCUCUCACUCCUACCCCCCCCUUAGUGGUCCUCCCUCUCGCCCUCUCUUGGUGGUCCUACUCCCCCAACCCCUAAGUGGUCCUCCCUCGUGGUCUCCCUCUUCUCCCCUCUUACUGGUCCUCCCUCUCCCCCAACCCCUUAGUGGUCCUCCCUCUCCCCCUCUCUAGUGGUCCUCUUAAGUCCCUUCUCCCCCUCCCUUAGUGGUCCUCUCCCCCCACCCCACCUUAGUGCUCCUCCCUCCCCCUUGUGUCUUGGGUGAAAAAUCAACGUGUUGAGUGUCUUGGCUGCAGAUCUAUAUGUGUAGCAGGACAGUUCAGUGGCCAUGUUUGUUUGUGGCAGCAUGGAUCUAUAUUUUUAUAUGGAUCUGUGUGUACGUGUUUGUGUGUAUGUGUGUAGACAGAGGAUGGGGUUUUGCUAGGGGCUUAAGUCAACUUGCGGGAGAGUUCAUACAAUUUGCACCUAGGCUGAAGCCCCUUUCUGUCUGACACUUGGCUAUGCCCUUGACACGCACCUUUUUAUAGAACGAUACAGCAAACAUUUCCAGUUGGGUCUAGAAAUGAAAUGGUUAAGUGCCACCACUUGCUGAUGGCAUCUAUUACCAAUGUGAUCUGUUUAACAGACCUAACCUAUAAAAUACUCUGUAUAUAUGAGCUUUUAUACUGACACAUAUUACAGUGUAUGGAAAUCUGGUACAUUGCGGUUUCCUGUAAGUGUUCCAUUUUACUUUUUUGUGGCUGCUCUUUCUGGUGGGCACAAGUUUAAACACAAUAAUGUGCACACGAUUGCUAAAUGUCAUCGCUAGCUGCUGCUUAUUGUUUUGGUUCUGCAGUGUCUGCCUACUGUUUAUGUAACCACUUUGUGAACUAUUGUAGAGCAAAAAAAUAAUAAAAUAAGUUAUGAUAUACAGUCCUGCCCUCCCAUUUGCUGCCAUUUUAAUGUGGUGAAUAACUACUUCAACAUAUUGAAUGCUCACUUUCCCAGCUCUGUGCCUGGCCAAAAGUGCUAGCCAAGGGAGAGUGAUGGAAAUUCUAAAAGCAUAGGGAUUACAAAUUACUGUUUUUCUAGAAGAAAGUUAAGUAAAAUACAACUUUUCCUCUUAUUUUGAGCAAAUUAUGUUAUAUGCAUUCAUAACAAAUGCUAUUUUAACAUCCUAUUCUGGAAUGUAACAAACCACCAAAUUAAAAGGGAAACUAUAGCCACCAAAGUCAUUUAAUCUUAAAUGAGUAAUUUUGGUGCAUAGAUGCUGCCCCUCCAGCCUUGCAAAUGAAAACUAUACUGUAGUCCCUUCUGGUGGCCAUAUAGUGACAUGUAAUUUGUUUUGUGUCACGUUCUGACAGUAUUUGACUAUUUUGGUGUCAGUCAGUUGCGUGGGAAGAUGGAAUACAUUACUGACUGUGACUUUUCACCAAUAAUCUGCUAGAGCAGGAGUUGGCAACCUAUGGCACACAAGGUACCCUUACACGGUAAGCGAGGCUGCUAGUCUGGCUGUAGCGGUCAUAAGAGAGAUUACUUUGGGACCGAUUGCCCAUGCUGCACACGGAUGUGGCGGCAUAUUGCUGCACCGCUUCCUUCGAAUCAUCAUUGAUUCUUUGGCUAUCUUUCAGUGCUGACCGAGCAGUUGGCAUUGGCAUUAAUUGAAGCAGGCAGAGAGAGGUAGUCAUCCAUUUUACUCAAGCAGCAUUGCAAUGCUCAAAGGAAGUGAUAUCAGAUUGCUUCCUCCCAGCACUCAUAAGAGGAAUCUGCACAUGAGGGAUGGAGGGGUGGCGGAGGGCACAAUAACGUUAGGAAUACAAAACUGUAUUCCUAAUACUAUAGUGUUCCUUUAAGCUGCAGUGAUUCUGGCGCUUGUAGUGUUCCUUUUAAUGUUUGUUUUCACGAGACGCUUUGUUUGUGUUUAACUUCAUACUGAAGAUUUACCAGGCAAUAUCAUAAUCCAGUUUAGAUAAGGAAAAGCCAGAUCAAGCAUUGCAAAUAAAAGAGGAGAAAUAGAAACCUUGUUCAAUUCUACUCUUCUCCUUGUGCUUUCUCUAUGCUGACUGCCAGGUGCAAAAGACAGAAUUUAUAACCAUGAUUGACUGGGUGAAGAUUGAGGCACUCAGCUGCAGGAUAAAGAGGUGUGGAAUUCUACAUUUAACUUGAUUUUUUUUACACAUCGAACCAGUGGAGACUUGUUCAUAGGGGCAGACAAGGCAGCACCCCACUAGUUUUACUUACAAUAAAAAAAUUUUUUUUUAAUAUAAACUAUAUAAUUAAUUUUUUCUGUUUGGGUAAUUAACUGUUUUCUGUAAAUGUACACAUUGGAUAUGUACCUGUGCAGUUAAAUGUGUUCUGUCCCUUUAAAUAUUAGUACUGCCAUUCCCAUUGUUAUUCUCUUCUGCUAUUGCUAGUUAGAGUUUUAAAAUGUCCCACAAAUCUGAUUAAACUAUAUGGGAAAUGCUCUACUUCACUGUCAUUGGCAGCCCCUAUGGUUUCCUAAUGGAGCUCAUUAGGGCGCCAAAUAGGCGGGACAAAAAUAGCCUUUAGCAGACCGGCCAGCCUACUGGCCAGAGGGUGGAUUGUCAGAACUCCACUUCCCCGGUGCAGUUAGAUGCCUGGCAUGUCUGACAUAUUCCUAUUGAUGAUUAAAAACGUUUAGAGGCGGAGUUAAUCCAUGUGUCUAGUCUGGCGCCCCACCAACUUGAAAUGUCACCAGCCGCCACUGCAUCAAAAAUAAACAUUUGUUAAAUACAGGGAUAAGUUAACAGCAUAUUAAAUAUCCAGGGAAGUGGCAGUUCCCUUUUAAUAUAAAUUAUAUAUAUAUAAUUAUGUCACAGGAUAUUAAAGGGUUACUCCAAGCAUUAUAACCACUGUAACCCGCUCUAGUGGUUAUUUUACCAAGGGUACCCUGGCCUGAUUCUACGGUAAUGGGGAAACCGAUUCAUAACAGUUUACCCAGCUUACUUGGGUCCCCACCGGGCUCUGAGGUUCCCAACCAGAAGUCGAUCCGGUCCCCAUUCGUUGGCUGAGUGUGUUAGGUGACCUCUCUCAGCCAAUGAAUGCACAGAAUUGACUUUUGCAAGCACGGAACUUGUGGGCUAACUGGUCACACACCCUGAUGCUGCUGGAGGUGAGGUAUGUGCAGAGUUUCACCGUGAAACGCUACACAUACAGACUUAGGGCACCAUGAUCACUUCAAUUCACUGAAGUAUUAAUGGUGUGUGGAGUAACCCUUUUAAUUUAUGGUAAAAUAAAUCUAUAUGUAUUUUGAAAGAAAAUAAUGCAUUUAUGAUGCAAUGUAAAUAGCCAUUUGUUUAGCCACGUUCUAAUACUGUGAUUUUAGAGUCCCUCCCGGUGCUAUGUCGUUACACUUUGUCCAUUUAAACAAUCACAUUGUGUUUUCAGGGUUCUCAUGGUAGAAAUUCACGAAGAGCUGGAAGAGUGUGAUUUGGAGUCUCUUCUAUUUUUAUUGAAAAGUCAACUGAGAAAUGGAGGCAAACUACCAAAAAAGGUAUGUAAUUUCUUUAAUGUUCAAAAUUAAUAUUCGUGAUUCGUGAGGAUUAAAGCAAUUCUUACAAUAUUAUCGUGUACGAUUUAAAUAUCAGAGCAAUGUUAAAAGUAAAGAUAGGACACGGAGGUAUAAUUUGCAGAGGUUGGUGGCAAGAUAAAAAAACACCCAGAAUGAUCAUUAUGCUUGUUGUGAUUGGGGGAAACCAGAUAACAAGUUUCUAAAGUGUCAAUAAUAGUCAUAGGGUUAAGAUAUACCUUCUUUUUUUUUUAAGUUUGAAGCACAGAAAUGUAUUUUUCUAGUUUUCAGAUUUUUAGAUCCUUUGUUAUUAUUAUUAUACAGUAUUUAAUUCCAUCUAAUUGACACUUUUUGAUUUGUCUCAAUAUUUGCUUAUUUUGCAGUCCUCUAAGAGGAAUAUAAUUCUUCCGUGAAUUUUGCAGUACUGAGUUUUAAAGGGAUACACUAAACACCAUAAUCACUACAGUGUGUUGUACUGGUUCUGGUGCCAUUCCGCAGAGUUGAACAGUUUGAAUGAUUUGACACUCACCUAGGUCCUGAAGUCCUUCAGUUUUUUUGUGAUCGCUGAAGCAGAAGUUCUCCCUCAUUUGGACUUAAUUUAUUGAAUUAUGUUCAGAUAGGUACAAAAUUGAGAUUUCCAAAAUGGAAUUGGAACUUCCACAUUAGUGAUAUCAUAGAAGACUGCAAGAACCCUGGACAUCUAAGGGACACAGGUAAGUGUCACACCAUUCCAGAAUGGUUUGACUCCUCACUGUGAGGGCAACAUUAGGAAUUCGAGUGACAUAACCAAUACAACACGCUAGACUUGUUAUGGUGUUUAGUGUGCCCCUUUAAGUAAAUGUAGUAAAUGAUUGCUUCCAUAGACAUUCCUGUCUUUGGUCAUUGAAAUGGAGAAGGUGAACUUGAUUGGACCAGGGAACUUGGAUGUAUUGGAGCACAACUUAAAAACUAUCCGGAGAAUGGAUCUGAGAAAUAAACUAAUCAAAAAGAAACAGCCAGGUAAGGAACACCUCUAAAGCAGCAUAUUUGUAUUUGAACACAUGAACUACUCAAAAUUCUAAUUGCUUUAACGGGGCAGUCUAGGAAACAUAGCAACUACAGUUUAUUAAUCUACAAGUGCUUUUCCCACCCCCACCCAUUUUUAAAAAUUAUAUUUAUUUAUUUUUGUUUAGUUUAAGGAAAUUUCCCUAAUUUGAAGUCUACAAUUCACUUGUGGCUCGAAUUUCAAUUAGCUUUUCAAAUGAUUCACUACUGUUAGAAAUAUGUUCAUACUGUCUCAUGUACCCAAAAUCCCAUAGACGUUAAUGGUGAUUUCUAUAGAUAAUUUAAAUAUCACAAUUUAAAAGCUAAAAUUUGUAAAGUUUUUCCAACAGUGUUGAAGCAUUUGGAAAGCUUAUUAAAUGGAGGCCUUGGUCAUGCUAUCAAGUAACUAAGAACAAGGACAUUUUAAAUACCAAGUCCAUGGUUACAAGAUGAUUGAAACGGUUUCUUUGAAUCUCAUUGUAAAGUUGAUGUGUUCUUAAAGUGCAAGAUGCAUCAACACAUAAUCCAGACUCUUUUCGGAACAGGUCACUCUUGCAACCUGUAGCUGGACAAACAGCAGAUUGGUUUGUGCUAUCCCUUUGUCAGAGAUCUGUGUAGAUGACCUGAUUUACUCUCUCACAGUUACAAGAAUGUAACCUGUUCCCAUGUGAAGCUUGACCGUAUGGUAGAGCAUCAAAAGAAACAUAUUUUUAUCCCUGAAGUACCCAAAAAGUAGAUGCCAGAUGAUCCUGAAGAACUACAUCUCCCCUGAUGCCUUGCUUUUAUGGGUCUAAAAAAAUAAAUCUAGAGAUCUUCCUUUUUUUCAAACCCCUGAAUUAGUCAAAAAGAACAUAAACAUAAUUUUAGGCACCGAUUGGGAAAAAAAGCAUCAGAUAGAAACAUCAUUAGGGUCUCAAACCAGAGCCACAAUUUGAAAUCGACAUAGACUGCUAACCCAUUUUAAACAAUGUUGCUGACAACUAACACAAUGCAUGAGAGUGUUUAGGCUUUCUUUAUUAGUGCAGCUUUUGAUUGUGUUUACAUUUUGCAGAUCAAGGAGCACAGAGAGGUCCCUACAUCAACGCAUUUAAAGCAACGCCUACACAUAAUAACAUAACAAGUAUUGAGGUAAGUCUGCAUUCUAAAAGGAUACACCACGUCUUUGGAACCUACGCCAUUGAAUAAAACAUUGCUCAUCACCUUUAACUUGUGUUGACCUCUUUUCUUUUCAUGUGAUCCUCUGUUUUCUUUUGAAAGUAUAGUAAAUAUUUAAUUAUUAGAAUCACAGUCCAGUUUGGUCCAGGCACAGCCAAGACACAAUAAUGUAGGGGAGAGAAAGGAACAUUGUUUUUUUUUCCACUUCUGUCUACACUGACUGCCAAGUGCAAAGGGUAAACUUUAUAACAAUUGUUGACAGGGAGCCAAGAUGGAGUCAUUCAGUUCCAGUAUAAACUAGAGAUUUGAAUCUCUACGUGUAAUUUAACUUUUUUAGAACCCGCCAAUACACAUUUGUUAUAUUGGAGGUAAGUAAUAUAGGAGAUAAGUAAACUUAGAGGAGCUUUCUAAUACAAAAUAAAUGCAUAUAUUUUAAGUGUAUUUCAUUUUUAUUUAUUUAAUUAGAUAGGCUUCUUUUAUUAUUAAUAUUGGGCCCCUUUUUUAUCAGAUGCUUCUCAUACAGAAGCAUUGGAUACAUGGCUCAAGCUCGUCAAUAACUGCAAUCCACCAAUCAAGUGCUUCUUGCAGAGAAGCAUUGAACGCAUAGAGUUUCUGGCGCCCGCAUACUUUACAUGCUGAGGUUGAAUGUCAAAAUGAUUCAAUUAGCUGAUUCAGCUCAGGGUCCCUUUCUGUCUGAUAGGCAUUAUUAUGUAUAAACGUGUAAACAUUUUAUACUGUGCCAUUUCUCAGAAACUGCACUGUUCUUGUACUCGAGGCAAGAGGGGCAGAAUCAAUUCCCCAAAAUUAUUUAGGUGAACUAAUUUUUAUGUGUAAACUUUCCUUUUAACAUUAAAAAUUUGAGGGAAGUGAUAGUUCUCUUAAAAGUACACCCAUGAUGGAAAACAAAUUACCACAUUAUAGUGGUAAAGGCGAUUUGGGGUGGUACUGGUGUGGCUACCCUGCCUCCAAGUUAUCCGAUAAAAUCCCACAUUUUCUACCUUGUAGUAAAAAAAUAUAGAAAUCAAUCAUUUACCCAGCUUUACCAUAGAAUGUAGGAAUUUAUGAGGAUUAUUACUUGUCCUGUUUACUAUAGACAGACAGUAUUAAGAAAAAUUCCAUUUAAUGGACGACUACAAGAUGCCCUAUGUCUAGCAUACAGUAACUGGACAAAUCAAAAAUUGAUGAGAUUUUUCUUUUUUCAUUUAUGCAGAAUACAUUGAGACCAACAAGGAGUAUGUAUGACUUAAAAGGUAAAGUUGUUGCUACUUUGACAUUGUGAGCAAGUGAUGUGAUCCUUCUUUCAUUCAUUUACCCCUCAAAAACAACAUUGCUGGGGAUCUACCAUUUGCUCAUCCUUGCAGGGUUGUGCUUGGCACUGAGCAGUGUUUGCAUGUUUGAAUUGAAGCGUGUUUUUGUAUGAAGUAUGUGUGUGUGGAUGGAGGGGUGUACUUGUGUGUAGUGCUGUGCAUUUUUAUGUACUGUUGCCAUUUGUAAUCAGUGGUUUGCCUUUGAAUGUAAGGGUGUAUGUAGUGUUGAUGUUUGAAUGCAGGGGUGUAUUUGUGUCUAGUGUUGGAGUUUGAAUGCUGAGAUAUAUACAUAUAUACACUGCCACACACAUACAGUUGCAAGAAAAAGUAUGUGAACCCUUUGGAAUGAUAUGGGUUUCUGCACAAAUUGGUCAUAAAAUGUGAUCUGAUCAUCAUCUAAGUCACAACAAUAGACAAUCACAGUCUGCUUAAACUAAUAACACACACAGAAUGAAAUGUUGCCAUGUUUUUUUUGAAUACACCAUGUAAACAUUCACAGUGCAGGUGGAAAAAGUAUGUGAGCCCCUAGACUAAUGACAGGGCAGCUGUAACCAACACCUCCAAUCUCAUCUCAUUGAUUGGACUCCAGUUGGCUGACAUCUCAAUCCCAAUUAGCUCUUGGAGAUGUCAUUAGUCUAGGGGCUCACAUACUUUUUCCACCUGCACUGUGAAUGUUUACAUGGUGUAUUAAAAAAAAACAUGGCAACAUUUCAUUGUUUGUGUGUUAUUAGUUUAAGCAGACUGUGAUUGUCUAUUGUUGUGACUUAGAUGAUGAUCAGAUAACACUUUAUGACCAAUUUGUGCAGAAAUCCAUAUCAUUCCAAAGGGUUCACAUACUUUUUCUUGCAACUGUACAUACAGACACACAUUGACACAUCCGGAUACACAUACACACGCACUGUGGAAUAUGUUGGUGCUAUAUAAAUGACAAAAAUAAUAAAAGAAUAAUACACACAGACCUUACACACACAGAUGCAUACACGAACAGACACAUCGCAACACACAGACACAUAGACUGAUACAAAUGCAGAUACACAGGCAGAAACAAUGACACUCAUACAGAUACAAACAAUGACACACAUAAUGCAAGGACACACACAUACCAAGGGGCACACAUUGACACACAGAUACACAUAACAUAUACAAAAACACAGAUAACCACAGAUAACACAUGCACACAGUUAAGACAUACACAUACACCCACACACAGAUUACGCAUAUAAAAUACACACACAUAUAACACAUAAACUGAUAACACACAUAUAAUAGAUAACACAUGCACAUAGUUAACACAUACACAUACACAGAUAACUCAUACACAGAUAACACAUGUACACAUACACAGAUAACACUCACACAGACAUAUACAGUCAAAGAUUACAUAACUUAUUUUUAGCCACCCCCUGCUUCCAAACCUUUAUUGUGCAGGAGGGUGGCUUCACUGGUGCAGUGGAAGGUUUAUUUCCUCCUUUCUCCCAGCACUGCGACUUCUCACAGACCAGGGGGUCUGAUCGUGCUCCUAUGGACCGCGGUACCUGACCGAGCUCCUGGUCAAAGAUAACGAUCGUGUGGCCCAAAGUGCAUGGUCCACCCGAUGGGCCCCCUGUGCCGGCACGCCCUGGUGCAUCUGCACCGGUGGUAGUUCCGCCACUGAUUGAGUGGCAAUGAUGGCAGCGUAUGUAAGAUGUCUUUUAAUGUCACAAACUACAUAUAUGAUAAGAAGUGGCAAAAUAGGAACCUUUUUACCGAAACUUCCUGAUACUUUGUAUCUGACCACAGUUUAAUGUAGUGGUGAUUUAAUUCAUAAAUGGCAGUGAAUGGAGUAGGAAAACUUCAGAGGCAUGAUCUAUACACAAAACCUGCUUCGUUAAUCUAAAGUUGUUUUGGUGACUAUAGUGUCCCUUUAAACAUGCAACUAUAUUUUUAAAUUGUCAAAGCUACGUGUCACUAAACCAGAAGCGAUAAAAUUAAGAUAAACAUGGUUACUUGUGUUCUUAUCCUGCAUUCCACUAACCUCAUUAAAAGCUCUCCCUGAGCUCAACCUCCUUGUUAAACAAUUAUUCCAAUCUGUUUAAUAUAGUUUUAUACCUUAUAAACUCACAACUCUGCUUCCUCAACAUUGGUUUUAUAACUUAGCAUAUCUAUUAAAAAUCAAAAAUUACAAAUGUUUCAGUAUUAUGAAAGAACAACACUUUAUAAGAACUAAUGCGUAACCCUUUCAUUUUUGCCAUCCUACAGGUAAAACACCGGUGCAAGAAUCAGCAAAAUUAAGUCAGGUAAUCAAUAUCAUACAAAAAAGGUCACGUCAUUGUUCAUUCUAAAAAAAUAAAAAAUUUUUUAAAAAACACACAUAUAUAGACACAUUGUCUGUAAAGUAAAUAAACGUUUUGGUUUGUAGUUUUAUUUUUAGCUUUUAUAUAGCGUCAGAAUAUUCUGCAGUGAAUUGUAUUAAACAAUAAAAAAUACUGUAUAAAUGCAUGCAGCUGUUCAAUGUUUUUAUUCGGCUGCAUUUCAUUUUUUUUCCUUCUGCGUCAUAGAAUAGAAGGGGAUUUCCAGCUUUCGGUUUGUUUACGUUUCUUCCCGAGAGGGAGGAGUGGCCCGUCCUGUCUGUAAUAUGAAACCACCUCCUCCUACUCACAGAAACGAAAACUUUGAAUUCUGCAUCGUUAACCCCAUGGACUCCAAACUAGAUUGAAUUUUCAUUGCCAAAAUGCAGCAGUGGGUUCUCCAAGAUAUCUUACAGCACACACAACCAUGUGAUAUGAAACAUAACCAGAAUUUCUAUGCACCACGACACAAACAAAAUACAAUGUUUUGUGACACUCUCACUUUGUAGAUUUGUUAAAGCCUAGGCAACCUUCGGCACUCCAGCUGUUGUGGACUACAUUUUCCCCUGAUGCUUUGCCAGCAUUAUGGCUUUAAGAGCAUUAUGGGAGAUGUAGUCCACAUCUGGAGUGCCAAAAAUUGCCUGCUGCGUGUGAAUUGGUAAUUUUAUAUAUUAUAUUUUUUUUUAAACUUUAAUUACCGAUUGGUUACUGCAAUAAAACGUGUGUUUGUCUUUGUAAUGUCCUGAAAUAUAUUAUAAAACAUUAUCCUGUUCUGCUUGUUGGCAUAACUAUAUUAAAGAAAAUAACAUAAUUGUGUACUUUCUUGUAGGCGGCAGAGAUUGAUGAAAGGUACGAAGUGCGCCAUGAUUUCAAACGAUACUGUUUGAUUAUUGACUGCGUAGGAAAUGAUGCAAGUAAGUUAUGCUGAUUUACUAGAAAAUAUAUCUUGGUCACAGAAAUGUAUUAAUGCCACCUCUGUAUUAAUUUGUAUAAAGACUCUCUCACAUGUUUCAAAACAAAUUAAGUUAACUUAACACAUAAUGGUAAUCUGUCUAGACUCUAAAGCCAAGUAUUUCCUACAGGAAAUUGUAGAGGACCGUCAUGUAGCAAGAGCUAUGUAGAAAUAAAUGUGAGUUCACAGCAGGAUUUUGGUGCCAUUCAGGAUUCACCCUGUUGGGACUGCACCAUGUAAAGUAAACUGGACUGUGCAGCCAGUACUGCUCAUUGAGAUAUUGUAUUUUAGAGGUACCAUACCUCUUGCAUGCUUGUUCUUAAAUAAUGCAUUCUGGGUAAUAUCAUGGUGCCAUAUUGACAAACAUUAACCGCGUGCUGUCAAAAAUCUGUUAACCGUUUUUGGCCUAGUUUUACCCUAUCACUGAUGAGCAUAGAACAUACCUAUUCUAUUUGUCUUUCUGCAGGUCAGCUGGAGCACACAUUUAAUAACAUUGGUUUCGAAGUGGAAAAACAUAUGUAUGUGACCGCAAAAGAGCUGGAAAAUAUUCUCCAACAAGCGUCAAUGAACAAACAGCUUCAAAAGUGUGAUAUGUUUAUAUGCUUCAUAAUCAGCCGUGGAAAUUCAGAUUCACUAUUUGGAAUUAAUCAAGAAUCACCUGAAUUUUCUCUUGACAAAGUUAAUACCUAUUUCACAGGACAGGCAUGUCAAUAUUUGAUAGGAAAGCCAAAGCUAUUCUUUCUCCAGCACUAUGUUGUGCCAGAUGCUGAACGGGCAAGUGCUUGUAGCAUGAUUGAACGAGAUGGGCCUUACGAUUCCAGUAUAGAAUGUGACGGGUGGACACGUUAUAGAAAUAAAUUACCAAAUGAAGCUGAUAUAUUUUGGAGUCACUGUAAAGUGGAUGAUCAGGAACUGCAGACGUCCCCGGGUACAAGCUCUUUAUAUUUAAGAAGCUUGUGCAGUUUAUUAUCCAAUGCAAAAUCAAGGUAAGUCCCGAAACAGCCGUUGAAAUUACUACUGUUCAUAACAGCUGUCUUAUGCUUUCAAAACUCAAAUAUAGAAAGUUGCUAUGAGAAGAAAUGUAUGGAAUUAUCCACUAAACUUGGAUUUAUUGAAAAGUGAAUUGAAAAUCCAUUGGUAGAAAAGUAUGCACUAAAGUUAAAGGACCACUAUAGUGCCAGGAAAACAUACUCGUUUUCCUGGCACUAUAGUGCCCUGAGGGUACCCCCACCCUCAGGGUCCCCCUCCCGCCCGGCUCUGGAAGGGGGAAAGGGUUAAAAACUUACCUUUUUCCAGAGCUGGGCGGGGAGCUCUCCUCCUUCUCUCCUCCUCCGUUCCUCCUCUUGGGCUGAAUGCGCACGCGCGGCAAGAGCUGCGCGCGCAUUCAGCCCGUCGCAUAGGAAAGCAUUUACAAUGCUUUCCUAUGGACGCUUGCGUGCUCUCACUGUGAAAAUCACAGUGAGAAGCACGCAAGCGCUUCUAGUGGCUGUCAAUGAGACAGCCACUAGAGGAAAUAGGGGGAAGGCUUAACCCAUUCAUAAACAUAGUUAUAAAAAAAUGGGUUAACCCUAGAAGGACCAGGCACCCAGACCACUUCAUUAAGCUGAAGUGGUCUGGGUGCCUAGAGUGGUCCUUUAAUUUCCAGAUUGCUUCAAAUGUGCAGUCCCCUGGCCAAAUCCAGCAAUUCACUAAACAAUGAAUUGUUGUAAACUGAGAACCAAAUUUCCUAAUAGCCACGGUGUAACUAUACGCUGAUCAGCCACAACAUUAAAACUACUGAGAAGUGAAGUGAAUAACAUUGAUUAUAUCAUUACAAUGACACCUAUCUAUGGUUGAGGUAUAUUAGCAACAAGUGAACAGUCAGUUCUUGAAUUUCAUGUUUUGGAAGCAGGUAAAAUGGGCAAGAGAAAAGAUCUGAGGGACUUUGACAAGGGACAAAUAGUGAUUGCUAGAUAACUGGGUUAGAGCAUCUCCAAAAAGGGUCUUGUGAGGUGUUGCCGGUAUGCAGUGGUUAGUAGCUACCAAAAGUGGUGCAAAGGAGGAGAACCAGUGUCAGGGUAAACCACGACCAAGGCUUAUUUAUGCACGUGGAGAGCAAAGGCUAGCCAGUCUAGUCCAAUCACACAGAAGAGCUACUGUAGCUCAAAUUGCUGAAAAACUUAAUGCUGUCAUAAUAGAAAGGUGUCAAAAAACACUGUGCUUUACAGUUUGCUGUGUAUGCAGGUGACUAGUCGCAGACCGGUCAUAGUGCCUUUGAUAACCCGUGUCCAUCGCCGAAAGCACCUUCAAUAGGGACGUAAGUGUCAGGACUGGACCAUACAGCAAUGGAAGAAGGUUGCCUGAUCACAUUUCCUUUUCGAUCAGGUGGAUGGCCGGGUGCGUAAUCAUUGUUUACCUAGAGAAGGGAUAGCAGCAGGAUGCACACAUCCAUAGGUCUUGUGAAGUCAGUGCUUUGACUCAUCAGAGCUGUUUUGGGAACACAAGGGGACCUACACAAUAUCAGGCAGGCAGUUUUAACAUUGUGGCUGAUGGUGAGGAAUUCUUCCACGUGCGUUCUUCCCCCAGAUAUCCCGUAUUUACUAAAGUCUGAAUGCAAAAUGAAUUUCGCAUUUAAGGCCAGAGUAGCAUAGCUGACUUACAGAAUGUUUCCAGUGGGCUAUUUUUACCUAAACCACUUAAGGACCAAACUUCUGGAAUAAAAGGAAAUCAUGACGGAAUAUUUCCGUCAUGUGUCCUUAAGGGGUUAAUGGAACACUCUGGGCACCAUACUAAAAAUUUGUCAGAAUUAAGUUAUUAUGGUGACAGAAGGUCCUUGGUAGAACCUGUUUAACUCCAAAGUCUUGUAUCUAAAACUUUGCCCCAUGUCCUUUCACUGCUAGAGGAUACCUCACUCAAGUCGGCUCUUACUGGCUGAGAGAGCAUCAGCAACGCUCUUAAGCCAAUCAGUAGCUCCCCGUUCAUAAAAACUGUUUGAGAAAAAAUAUGUACGUUUCUCAAGCCCCGGUCCACAAGGUUUCCUCUUUAAAGAAUCAUAAAGCAGGGGAGUGACAGGGGCAGAGCUUAAUGCAGCUGUAUUCAAGACUAUGCGGUUAAACUGUUCAUGAACGGUUCAAACCCUAAAGGUGAGCCAGUGCGAGGUAUAAAGUGUCGGACAGCAAUUCUUAACCUAAAUGAAGAAUUAUUUAGGGAAUUGAAAGAAUAGCACAUUACAUUUCAAUACCGAAUCUAAUUACUACCUAAGAUUUCAAUCCAUUAAAAUAUCUGCUAAUGCAAAAUCGAGACGGUCUUGAAAUCAUUACAGAUUUUAAUUAAUUUUAUAUAUAUAUAUAUCGAAGAAAAACGAGUGCACUCCAGAGGUCUUCUUUUAGAAAAAUGACAUUAAAUUUAUUGCAAAAACGUGUAGUAAUACAACAUGAUCUAGUCGACGUUUCAGUCCACGAAGGACUUUUAUCAAGACAGUGAAAAGCGGGAAUUGUGAAAGUUUAAAUAUGGUGGUAACAGAUUCUGAUUGGAGAGUAAGCAGAGAACAAAAUGACGUCAUAGGUGAGAUGUGAAAGUUGAAAGGGCAUUAGUCCCAAGAAAAGUAAAUAAACCAGUGAAAUAUAAACCGGUAAAAAAACAUAUAUCAUAAGAUGACAAUACAGUGCACAGACAGCCGAGGUGGAGCAAAUCCAACAACUCAGAUGCCAUAUAAAAACCAAGAUGUAUAUAGAAAAACAGGAACGCCACCCAAAGUACCGAUCUACUAAAUGUCUAAAUACUAUAUACAUAUAUACAAACCAAACUUCAACUGGGGUGGCUAAAUCCUGUGAAAGAAUUUCGAGAGGAGAGAAGUAUACAAAUAUACAUAGUCAUAUCAGAAAAAAAUUGAAACAAAGUAUCAAAUUCUGAGUACACAAGAUUCGAGGCAUAUGUAGCAAGCAGAGAUAACAAGUCAAACAUCUAUAACCAAUCUAACGAGCAGAUGCUAACAUUGUAAAUCAAAAUAGCAAAAGAUCAAUUCUAUCUUACAGAAAUAAAGCAAUUAAGAGGGUUGAUCUCAUUCAGUCCUCCUGGAUGCAUAGUUCCAAGUGUAAAAAUCCAAAAGGCUUCCCUUUGGAGGAGAAGCCUGUUUCUAUCCCCUCCCCUUAAGGGAACCGGGACAUGCUCAAUACCCAUGAAUUUUAGAGUUGGCAAUGUAUGUCCCUUUUCAAGAAAAUGUUUAGAUAUAGGGGUAGAUGCAACACCACUUGAUAAUGCCAUUCUAAUCGUCGAUCUGUGUCCAGUCAUUCGUUGCCUUAAAUCAUUUGAGGUUUUCCCAAUAUACAUAAGGCCACAUGGGCAUAGAAUCUGAUAAACAACAUGUGUAGUAGUACAAGUAAUCCGCUGUCGUAUCUUGUAUUCUUUCCCUGAAUGCGUUUAGGAGAUCACUUCAAAAAUUCGCAUUUACAAAAACAAAGUGAAGAAGAAGGGACUGAAAAGCUUAAAUUACGAAGCUCAUUUGAUCCCCUCACGGUUAAUACCACCUUGAAGACAUUUCCACAAAUUCUUAAAACGGAUACCAUGGAGGUUUUCAACACUUUUAGUAGCUCUAGAUCCAACAUCUCUAGAUUAGAAAGGGAAGCUCUUCACAAUUUAGCUAAUGACAUGUCCAUUAUCAUACGUACUGCGGAUAAGGGCGGGGCUAUUGUUAUUUUGCAGUAUGAAGAUUAUAGGGCUGAAAUUUUGAGACAACUAUCGGACACAUGUGUGUAUGAACAUACUGAAAUUGACCCGGUUAAUGAAUUUAGUAAAGUGAUUAAAUCGACACUACAAAGGGGAGUAGAAUCUGGUUUCCUGACUACAGCUGAAUUUGAAUAUCUCUUUGAAAUGCACCCUAGGUGUCCUAUUAUUUAUACACUACCAAAAGUGCAUAAAAAUUUGAAGUGCCCACCAGGCCGCCCAAUUGUGUCUGCAUGUGGUGGUCUUCUGGAGCCGAUUGGAAAAUGGCUAGACAUCAAAUUUAAAAAACCGGUUAUGUCAUUACCUACUUAUGUGAAAGACUCUGCCCAGGUAAUAGCUGCCCUCAACUCCACUAUAUUACCUCCACAAGGGGUGUAUUUAGCAGCUAUUGAUGUUAAUAGCUUAUACACCAUUAUUCCCCAUGCUGAAGGGAUAUCUGCGAUGCGACAUGUUCUGCUACAGCACCAAGAUAAAAUUGAGCCUCCUAUUGAAUAUAUCCUGGAAUUACUAGGAUUGUGCCUUACAUUGAAUUAUUUCAGGUUUGAAAAGUCAUUUUAUAUUCAGAUUUUGGGGACAUCCAUGGGUGCCCCUAUGGCACCCAUGUAUGCCAAUGCAUAUAUGCAUGUGUAUGAACAGAGAUAUAUUUUACAAGAAUACAGCCAAUAUAUUUUAAAAUACUUCAGAUACAUCGAUGAUGUCUUUAUUAUUUGGUCUGGGGAAGAACAAACACUACUUAACAUGUUACAAUCGCUUAAUCACUUGGAUUCACCUGUUAGAUUUACAUACCAGAUUAAUAAUAAACAAAUGGACUUUUUGGAUCUCCGCAUCUUUAUUGAAAACAACAAGUUGGGUUAUACUUUGUAUGCCAAAAAAACGGAUCGCAAUACUUUACUCCACGCUACUAGCCAUCAUUCUCCCAAUUUGAUAAAAUCUCUCCCGGUGUCACAAUUUGUGAGGGUAUUGAGAAAUAAUUCGGAUUCUAAUAAGGCUGCGGUACAGGUGCAAGAAAUGUUUGAGAAAUUCACCCAGCGAGGAUAUUCUAAAUAUACUCUGGAAAAAGCAUAUUCCAAGGCAGUACAUCUAUACACUAAAGGUUCUAGUACUAAGAAUAAAUUGAAUAGAUUAAUCUUUCCUCAAACCUUUCACUCACAAUCUCGAGAGUUGUCUAAAAAGAUUCGGGAUGAUUGGGAGCUAAUCAAAAAAGAUAAGACAUUACCGGAAAUAUUUCAACAAAAUCCGAUGAUUAGCUAUAGGAGAAAUAGGAAUUUAAGAGACUAUUUGGUACAUACUGAUAUAUUGGCAUCUAGACGUGUUAUUUAUCAGAACCCUGGCUGCUUUCGCUGUUUGAAAUGCACGGCCUGUAACAAUAUGACACCUGGAAAAUCAUUUUUUCACCCGCAUUCAGGGAAAGAAUACAAGAUACGACAGCGGAUUACUUGUACUACUACACAUGUUGUUUAUCGGAUUCUAUGCCCAUGUGGCCUUAUGUAUAUUGGGAAAACCUCGAAUGAUUUAAGGCAACGAAUGACUGGACACAGAUCGACGAUUAGAAUGGCAUUAUCAAGUGGUGUUGCAUCUACCCCUAUAUCUAAACAUUUUCUUGAAAAGGGACAUACAUUGCCAACUCUAAAAUUCAUGGGUAUUGAGCAUGUCCCGGUUCCCUUAAGGGGAGGGGAUAGAAACAGGCUUCUCCUCCAAAGGGAAGCCUUUUGGAUUUUUACACUUGGAACUAUGCAUCCAGGAGGACUGAAUGAGAUCAACCCUCUUAAUUGCUUUAUUUCUGUAAGAUAGAAUUGAUCUUUUGCUAUUUUGAUUUACAAUGUUAGCAUCUGCUCGUUAGAUUGGUUAUAGAUGUUUGACUUGUUAUCUCUGCUUGCUACAUAUGCCUCGAAUCUUGUGUACUCAGAAUUUGAUACUUUGUUUCAAUUUUUUUCUGAUAUGACUAUGUAUAUUUGUAUACUUCUCUCCUCUCGAAAUUCUUUCACAGGAUUUAGCCACCCCAGUUGAAGUUUGGUUUGUAUAUAUGUAUAUAGUAUUUAGACAUUUAGUAGAUCGGUACUUUGGGUGGCGUUCCUGUUUUUCUAUAUACAUCUUGGUUUUUAUAUGGCAUCUGAGUUGUUGGAUUUGUUCCACCUCGGCUGUCUGUGCACUGUAUUGUCAUCUUAUGAUAUAUGUUUUUUUUACCGGUUUAUAUUUCACUGGUUUAUUUACUUUUCUUGGGACUAAUGCCCUUUCAACUUUCACAUCUCACCUAUGACGUCAUUUUGUUCUCUGCUUACUCUCCAAUCAGAAUCUGUUACCACCAUAUUUAAACUUUCACAAUUCCCGCUUUUCACUGUCUUGAUAAAAGUCCUUCGUGGACUGAAACGUCGACUAGAUCAUGUUGUAUUACUACACGUUUUUGCAAUAAAUUUAAUGUCAUUUUUCUAAAAGAAGACCUCUGGAGUGCACUCGUUUUUCUUCGAUAUUUAUUACGGCUGAGGUAGCACCGAGGCAAGUACAAGACCGGCAAAUUGAGUGCGGGACUUUCCAGGAUUGCAAAUAUAUAAUAUUAUUAUUAUUAUUAUUAUUAUUUUGCGUUUUCUAGUAUAUUUGUAAAAAUAGGACUUUAUUUUUUUUCAUUCUUUUUUUAUUCCUCGUUAUUCUACAUCUAAAUCCACGUCCCAUUUGAGAUGAAUUAGUGAAAAAAUGCACAUGUAUGUGUGAGGUGUCUUACAUGUGCAUGUGAACAUCACUGCUUUGAUGGUAGCCAUAGGACUGGUUGGACCUCUUUGGGCACUCAUAUGCUAAUAUACAAUAUUUUUUCUGUGUAGAAUAUUAAGGCGUUCUACAUGACAGGUACAGAGGUUAGACAAUAACCGUAAGAUGUCCAAUGAAAAAACAAAUCUAUACCAGCACAGCUGUCACAGGCCAAAUGCAAUCAAGCACGCAAUUUUAACAAUCAGCUAGCAGAAUAAGCAAAAAACGCUCAAGACAUUAUACAAGAAGAAAGGCUUUGAAAGAUAUUUUGCAAGAGAAAGGUAAUAAGAAGAAGAAUUUAAAGGUAUGAAGGGUAUCAGGACUCAAGAAGUACUGGUAUCAGAUUAUGGUAGAUAUUGGGUAAAGUGGUUUGUCAGAAUGAUAUGCAAUCUAAGAAUAAGAAACUUUACUCAGUUGGUCCAUGGAAGCUAAUAGUUAUUCUUAACCUAUCAAUUUUUGAGACCUCCGUAGUGAUGGGAGGGAGAUGACCUGCAUGGAGACACUGAAUUUUAGAGAUGUAUUGAUUCACUGCAUCUCUAACGAGCAGUAGCUGAUUGGCCAAGCUGUUGUUUGGCCCCACCCCAUCGUGCCUCCUUGCCGAUUUCAGCCAAUCCCUAUGGGAAAGCAUUGGAUUGGCUGAAAAUAUAACUUCUGAUGAUGUAAGCAGAUUUGGGAGGGGCCAAUGCUGUCAGAUCCACGUGGCACUGGAAAUAAGGUAUGCUUUCUUACCUUUUAGGGGGCAAGCCACCUAAAUGGUAGUUUUUACAUUUUAGGGACAGGAAUACAUAUUUGAGUUCCUGACCCUAUAGUGUUUCUUUUACUUAAUUGGACUGCUCAUCUUCUCAUGUUCCAUGUGGUAAAUAUGACCAUGUUCUGAUCUGUAUUUGAAAAU